AUGGAGUUCUUGGACCCAGGUGAACGUGGCUGUAAUGUUUUGCGCACUGAGGACAGCAGUAGUACAACAAGGUCUACUGCAGGCCGGAAAAGAAAACUUAGUGUAGAAGAUGAACUCUUCUUGGUCUUAGUUCGACAGCGACUUGAUCUGCUUGAGGCUGACCUAUGUCACAGGUUUUGCGUCACACAAUCUGCGGUAUCCAGGAUAUGCACAUCAUGGAUAAACUUCAUGUAUGCCAAGCUCUGCACCCUGCCUCUUUGGGCCCCAAGGGAAGUCAUCGAUGCAACAAUGCCGACAGAGUUUCUGCACAAAUAUGCUUCAACAAGGGUGAUCCUUGAUGCGACCGAAAUACGCUGUGAAGUGCCUUCAUCUCUGUCACUACAGUCAAGCACGUACUCGUCUUACAAGUCGUCAAACACAUUUAAAGGCCUCAUAGGGGUGUCACCAAAUGGACUGGUCAGCUUUGUGUCCGAGCUGUUCACGGGAUCUACGUCAGACAGAAAGUGCGUCUCACGGAAUGAGUUCCUGGGGCCAGAUUUCGAAGAAAAUGAUGUCGCAAUGGCGGACAAGGGUUUUCUGAUUGCGGACCUCUUGGAAAAGAAGGGAGUACAGGGUGUGUGCAGAAAAACAUGA